AUGUCUCCGAAAGUCACUUCUACGCUAGGACAUAUUAGUAGGAAGUGUGCUAGUUACGUACCGGAAACAAUUGUCCAAUUUUCAGCUGCCAAAGCACGAAUGUCAGGAGAUCCUGACUAUCAGCUGCAUCGAAGAAUUACAACGACAGUAACACGGCGAGACAGAAAUCACUAUUGGAGUGGCAUGGCCUUGAGAAUGGAGAUAGCAGCUCGAUAUAAGAAUUGA